AUGUUUGCAAUAUUGGACGUAAUUUAUUCGUAUGAGAAUGAAACUAUACCAGAAAUCAAUAUUAAUAAUGAUGACGUAGAAGCCUUUAAUGGCGCUGAUGAAGAUUUUGAUCAAGAGUCCGAUGCCGUUGAUGAAUUCAUAACUCGUUGUAGUUUGGCAUUAUCUGAUAGAGUAGAGAGAUUUAAUCAACUGAGAUCAUGUAUCUCCAAGGUUUUGGUUGAUCUAGAAUUUGGAUCUGAUUAUUGGAUCACAGAAGACGAAUUCAACAUUAUGAGCGAUAUAGAUAGAGCUCUUCAGCCAAUCAAGUUAGCGGUAGAAGUGUUAUGCCGACAAGACUCUAAUCUGUUUACGGCUUAA